UCGAAUAUCCAAGAUAUCCGUCGAGGAGGAAAACAUCGGGCUGAUAUCGGCCAACGUCUGCCCAGCGAAACGUGACCGACUUGAUCAUACCGGCCAGCUUCGUAUCUUUCUGUCUGAACGAGCCGAUAGCCGCCAAAUGCAGCUUAGCAGGAGUAUGAUGUCUACUUUCGUUAUUCUGUCAGCUCUGAUUGCCAUCUCAUCGCAAGGUGUGGCAGCCUCCAGAAAUCUGCAGCAGGCCCCAGCUCCGGCUCCUGCAGCCUCAUCCCCCAUCGAUGGAGUCCUGGCCCUGACUGCUGGCAAGGCUGCCUUCAUCAACGGCACAGCCCUUGUGCUGUACGACAUUGCCAACACCACCUCCUACGUCAAGUUCCCCCCCUCGCCCAAGGCGGGCGCUGUCUCUCAGACCUACCUGGUGAGUGCCAGCAUGGCGGAUCUUGGCGGCAAGUGGGCGGGUGGCCCUCAGGCGGCCCUCUCCGGCUCCUACAACGGCAACGCCUCCACCGUGCUUGUGCAGCUCGAUGCGCCCAAGUACGACUCUGCCAAGAACACAAUCACCUUCAACUACAGCGUCCUGCCGGUCAACGGCACCACUCUGCCCGGAGUCGGCGGCACUGUCAAUGGCAUUGUGUCAAGCAACAACGGCGCUGAGGGUUCCGGCACAUCGGUGCUGCCCUACGUGACCCCGGGGUCGACCACUUUCUACAAUGCCAGCCUGGCGGCUGAUGUGGCGGACAUUAUGUCAUAUGUGGACGCCCCUGUCGCCUCCCAGAAGGCCGGCCUGAUCAGGGUUCCCCUGGGCUGGGGGGGCCCCUGGGGUUUCUGGGGAUGAAAUUCGAAUUCAAAAUUCAAGCGUGAUUACAAAUUUGGCGCUAUCACGCAAUAAACGCUGCCGGCUAAAUACGGGCACGCUCACGUUGAUACCCUGUCACUGUGGGCAGCAUGAUCAAGAAUAUCUCACAGCCUGGUCCAUUGAAAUUACUCAUGUCUGGUAAAGAGACAAGGUAGUGUCUGCGGCUGUAUUGUAUGAGAGCGGCUC